CAUUCGUUUGCAUAUAGAUUUUCAUGCAGCUGUGCCUCUCGAUCGAACCAACGCGCCAUCGGCCUUCUGCUCCCCUUUUUCCUGCGGUGGCAUGGCACAUGGCAUGGAGCCGGAGAUGAGCUGCCAACCGAAGGCGUUGCAAAAGGCCAGAGCGGAGCACCAUGCCCAGGAUGUUGCCCAGACCGCCAAGCAGGAGCCAAGAUGAAGGCGAAAGUCUUGUUUCACCAACCAAGCAUUUUCCAAGACCUCUCAAGCAUUUCCAAGAAAAGCCCUCGACGAUCUCGCCAGAUGCUGCAAACAAGGGGUUUUUCGCGAAACCUCUGACGACGCUCUUGUGAAUAUCGCUCUCCAGCCAUUGCUUGCCACGCGGAACACCCGGCACAGGGAACACGAGCUGCGCGCCUGCAAAAGGAGAACCCUGCCGUUAGAUAGCAGUCACAGCGCAAGCUGAUGAAACGAAAUUAUGAUGGAACCAUUGGGUUUGGUAGCUGUGUACUUGUCGGGAUUAUGCAUUGACUGGUCUGUCUCCAAGUACCCCGAUAUCCCACCCUCCAUCUUCGCCGUGUACCCGAACACAGCCCGGCCGCGAGCUAUUAUCGGUCGCUGUCAGUGCCAGUGGAGUUGGGAUGGGGCCAAAUUGACAUGAUUGGACCCAGUGCCUUGCUCCCGCCCGCCGCUGCUGCCCAUUUUUGAUACUGUCCUGCCCUCGACUCGUCCUCCGUGUUGCCGUCAAUCUUUCUCUCUCUUUCCUUCCUCCAGUCAACUUCUGGCACAUUUCUUACCAUCGUUUCAGUUGCAAAUUGUUUAAUAUCGCAGAGGGAACUGCAUUCUUGUUGCUUGUUUCAGUGCCAUUCGUUACGGGGCCCCCCUCUGCUUCAUUCUGACUUUCGUUGAACACAACAUCUUCUUCACUUUUCCGGAUUUUUCUUUGCCAGCAGAGACAGCGUGCGCCAAGUGAAUCAAUCCGUCUCAGACGUCAUUCCAACCGCCCCGACAACUACAUCCACAUCAAAACAGACAAUCCAUCAACAGGCUCACACUGCGCGCUUGUCGCAACCACAACCAGAACAUCACCACAAUGCGAUUCUCCAAAACAUCUCUCGUUUCCGCCUCCCUACUACUAGGGCAGGCGGCCGCUGAACUUCCUCCCAUUGUCAUGAAGGGGUCCAAAUUCUUCUACGAAAAUGGCACCCAAUUCUUCAUGAAGGGUGUUGCUUACCAGCAAGACAGCGCCGCCUCCGGCCAGUCCACCGGCAGCUCCAAGUACAGCGACCCUCUUGCCGAUCCCACCAGCUGUAGACGCGACGUCCCCCUUCUCAAGCAACUCCGUACCAACACCAUCCGUACCUAUGCCAUUGACCCAACCAAGAACCACGACGAGUGCAUGAAGCUUCUCGACGACGCCGGCAUCUAUGUCAUCAGCGAUCUUAGCGAGCCAAGCUUGUCGGUCAACCGCGACGACCCCAAGUGGGACGUCGAGUUGCUCAAGCGAUACACUGAUGUCGUCGACGCCCUGAGCGGGUACAGCAACGUGAUCGGCUUCUUCGCUGGUAACGAGGUCACCAACAAUGCCACCAAUACUGAUGCUUCUGCCUACGUCAAGGCCGCUGUCCGCGACACCAAGAACCACAUCAAGGCCACCACCAAGCGCUGGUUGGGCGUUGGCUAUGCUGCCAACGAUGACGCCGAUAUCCGUGAAAACAUUGCCAAGUACUUCAACUGCGGCAACCAGAGCGAGGCCAUCGAUUACUGGGGAUACAACAUCUACUCGUGGUGCGGCGAGAGCUCUUUCACGGAUUCGGGCUAUGAUAAGCAGGUCGAGUUCUUCAAGGGGUACUCGGUGCCUGUCUUCUUUGCCGAAUAUGGCUGCAACAUUCCCCACGGUGCUGAGGGUCGUAUCUGGGAGGAGACUACUGCCCUCUACUCUGAUAAAAUGACUGGCGUUAUUAGCGGCGGCAUUGUUUACAUGUACCACCAGGAGGAGAAUGACUACGGUCUGGUCCAAAUCAAGGGCAGCACCGCCUCCAAGUUGAAGGACUUUGACACUCUCUCGACCGCCAUGGCGUCCGUUCGCCCUUCGCCCACCCAGAUGGACGCCUACAAUCCCACCAACUCCCCCGCCGCCUGCCCCACGGUCAACUCCAAGUGGGUCGUCAGCGGCGACCGCUUGCCCCCUACCCCCAACAACGACCUUUGCGAGUGCAUGUACAAGUCCUUGACCUGCGUUCCUUCAGACAACCUCAAGACCACCGACUUUGGCAAGAUCUUCAACUAUGUCUGCGACCAGACUCCCGAGGCGUGCGACGGCAUCAACGGCAAUGUCACCUCGGGCGUGUACGGACCCUUCUCCAUGUGCGGAGAUAAGCAGAAGUUGGGGUAUAUUCUCAACGAGUACUACAACUCCCAGAACCAGGCCAGCGGCGCUUGCGAGUUCAAGGGGCAGGCCACCAUCCAGGCGGCCGAGGCUGAUGACCGGUGCAAGGCUAGCCUAGCUGAGGCCAGUGAGGCUGCUAGCAACACCCAGGGUGGGUCAGAGACGAGCAAGAAUAUUGCCGUGCCUAUCCCCAUGAAGCACCUGUUUACGAUUGGUGACUUGGCUGUCGGGGCGUAUGUGGUUGUUGCUAUGGGCGUUGGUGCUGGUAUGGUGCUUUUGUAAGGAAGAGGAUAGAGGUGAGAGGAAAAGAGUGAGGAUAUGAAAGGGAUCUCUUUUGUCUUUUGUGAGGGAGGAUUGUUGGUGGUGGGAUUGGGUGUGGUGGUGUCAUUGUAGGACGGGUCCUAUGAAAGACCAAAAAUAGGGCGUUGUUGUCAUUUUGCUGUUGAGCGCUCAGGGAAAGGGAUGGAUUUUACAGGGACAAAAGGGAGGGAAGAUUGGGGCUUUUGUGUGUGUGUGUGUGGUUAGUGUUAUUACCUUUCGGGUGUGUAUUGUUGACAUGUAAUUGAGCGAAUUCUUUCUUCGGAUGUUGGUCAGGUAGGAUAUGUUUGUGGUUUGUGAAUAGACAAGAAAGACGGUGAUUGCAACAUGGUUGUCUGGUCUGGUCAUGGGAGUGAUUUUGUUCAGGACUCUUUUUGAGUCAGUCAAGGAACACUGCUACAAGUCAAACAACACCAAGCCUGAUGGAAUACAAGGGUGUGGGGGUUCUCUCCGUUCAUCCCCUGUCAAGACAUCCCUUAUACCAACCACGCCCAUCAUCCAAAGUCGGCAGGCCCUAACUAAACCCCAAUUUUGACCACCACCACCUACUUUGUAUCAGCAAGCACAAUGUCAGAGAAACUCGAUUCCACCACCACCAACUCCGAAAGCAGGUAGAGGAUCGUGGACGCGCUCGCGAAACUUACGGCGGCGAGGGAGGCUGAGUGGGAGAGAAAGUAGAAGGAGUCGGAGAGGACCAGAAGAACGGGGGGGGGGGUUCUACGGGGGAUAAUUGGAGAGGGGAGACAGAUGGGGGCGGUUCAGAUGGGAAAGGAGGUUCAGAUGGGACAGCUACUGGGGAUGGGGGUGUUUCACGAGGAAGGGGGGAUGAGAAGGAGGGCGGUUGAUGAGGGUGGGUGGUGAUGGGAGCUUUAAAAUAUGGGAGGUUGAGGGGGGUUUUGGAUAUCGAGAGGGUGAAGGGGGAGGAGGGGAAUAAGCGGUGGCUGAGGAC